AUGUCCUCUCCGCUUCGUAUUGCUAUAUUGGAGUGCGAUGAACCGAUCGGAGAGACCAAAAGGAAAUUUGGAUCGUUUAGCAACCUGUUCCAUCUAUUGUUCGCCGCAGGUGUCGUAGGCCUACAGCAAGAUAGCGCCAGAGAAGGCCCCGAAAUUGUUGAAUCCUCAUAUGAUGUUCAUAUAGAGCGGAAUUAUCCUGAGCUAGAUGACAUUGAUGCGGUUGUGUUGACAGGUAGCAGAUACGACAGUUUCUCAAAUGGAGAGGAGAACUGGAUUCUACAACUUGUAGAUUUCGUUGCAAACCUUCUACAUCACCAAACAAGGGUAAAAGUGAUAGGAGUGUGUUUCGGGCACCAGAUUAUUGGGCGAGCAUUAGGUGUGAUGCCGGUGAGGAACAGGAAUGGGUGGGAAGUUGCGGUCACAGAAAUCGAAUUGACAUCUACCGGUCGACGAUUGUUCGGCUUGCCUUUCCUAGCGAUCCACCAGAUGCAUCGAGACAUGUUGCCAGUCUGUCCGGCCAACGUAGAGCUUUUGGGUUGGUCAGAGCGAUGCCCGGUCCAGGGUAUGUACCAGAAAGGCCGUCUGCUCAGUAUGCAGGGUCAUCCGGAGUACCAUGGAAGCAUUGCGGAUGAAUUGCUAGAGCGCCGCGGUCCUAUGGUGUUUGGGAAGGAAAUUUAUGACGAGGCUAAGUCUCGAGUUGAUUUGCCGCACAAUGGAGUCGCGAUCGCAGCGAGAAUGCUGGAAUUUUUGCUUGAAUGA